AUGUGUUGUCAACAAACCGUACAUGCGUCUACGCACGUUGUCCCCCCACGCGCAUGCAAGCAUCUGUGCCACACAUUAUCCUGUAUACAACCUGUAUAUACAGAGCCACACUCCUCUCACAGAAUCUUAUCUCCUCAAGCUAUUCUUUUCGGUAAUCUUAUCAUGACUAUGUCAGAAAAGGUGGUAACAGACCCUAUUGUGGUCCAUAGAUCUUCGAUCGGAAGAAGGGCGUUAGCCAUUCUGGUUACGUUCUUGCUUUUUGUUAUAUCCAAGUUCUUCCUUGCUCAAAAAGUGGAUGUCUUCAGGGAUGAAUCUGAAAACCCUUUUGAGGUUCUCGCGGAAGCUUUGAAGAUCAAUCUUGCAGGCAACUGGUCUCAAAGAUAUACAUCCGAGGCACAUUUACCUGGUACCAAUUUUGGUCUUGUUCAAUGGACCAGAGACAAGUUUGAAGAGUAUGGCUUGGACGCAUCAAUUGACACUUACGAUAUUUACGUCAGUUACCCAGAAAGCCAUGCUUUGAAUCUUUUGAGCAGCUCGGGUAAAGUUUUGUACGAGGCUCCCUUGAAAGAGGAUGUCAUUGCUGAAGAUAGCACGUCUUCCGGCGAUGAUUUGGUUCCGACAUUUUUGUCCUACGGAGCCAAUGGCAAUGUGACAGCUCAGUACGUUUAUGUCAACUAUGGCCGUAAAGAGGAUUUCGAGCGUUUGAAGGAGCUAGGUGUGGAAGUCGAAGGCAAAAUUGCCGUUGCCAGAUACGGUGCAAUUUUCCGGGGCUUGAAAGUCAAGUUUGCCCAAGAACACGGUGCUGUCGGUGUUUUACUUUAUACCGAUCCCGGAGAUGAUGGGGGAGUGACACCAGCAAACGGAUUCAAGCAGUAUCCUCAUGGCCCGGCUAGACACGAAAGCUCUGUGCAAAGAGGCAGUGUCCAAUUUUUAGGAGGCAUUGGUGCAGCACCUGGUGAUCCUACAACUCCAGGAUAUGCAUCUAAGGGCGAUGUGGAACGCAAGGAUCCACACGACAGUAUCGGGAAGAUUCCAGUUCUCCCAAUUUCGUACCGAGAAGUAAAACCGAUCUUGGCCAAGUUGAACGGAAAAGGUGUCAAGGCUCCAAAGGAAUGGAGAGGCGAGUUAGAGGGAUACGACUAUCACAUCGGCCCCAACACCGAUGUUGAAUUGAAUUUGUAUUCUAACCAAACGUUCAAGAUUACGCCAUUGUGGAAUGUUUACGGCAAAAUCGAGGGUGAAAAGAAGGACGAGGUGAUUGUAAUCGGAAACCACCGCGAUGCGUGGAUUAAAGGCGGGGCUGGCGAUCCAAACUCAGGCCUGGCGGUUUUGAUUGAGAUUGCUCGGGCCUUGGGCGAGUUGAAAAAGUCGGGCUAUAAAUUUCCAACGCACAAUAAUCUUGCAGAGCUAUGA